UUUCUGUGUGUUUUAAAUGUGAUGUUUGUGAUUAAAAUUAUUUAAAUGAAUAAAAAAUGAAUGGAAUUCUGCAAGAUGUUACAAACAAUUUUGAUAAAAUAUGUCGAACGUGUUUAGUAGAAUCAUCACAAAUGUGUUCAAUUUUUAAACAUUGUUUAUCUGAAAUUAUAAUGGCGUGUGCUACAGUAAAUAUUUCGUAUGAUGAUGGAUUACCAGAAAAUAUCUGUAUGGGAUGUGUUGAAAAAGUGGAGGCAUUUUAUAAAUUUAAAAAAGUUUGUGAAGAUUCGCAUGCGAAAUUACUUGGAAUUAAAAAUGAAUUAACGGCACCACCUCCAAAUGAAAAUGCAACUUCAAUCAAGGUAGAAAAUGAUUUUAAUUUUGAUGCUAAUAUACCCACCGAAGGAUCAAUUGAUGAAUUUCCAGUCAAAACAAGUUUUAAACAGGAGGAUAAUCAAAUUGAACAGGAAACCUACAGUGAUAAUCAAACUUCACCAUGUUCAUUAAGACUUACUGAAGAUGAUGAGGAUAGUAAAUCGUCAUAUAAAUGUGAUGCAGCAAAACAAAGCCUUCAAAGAGACAGUAAAACAUAUCGUAUAGAAGAAAAAUCGCAUACGUGUACACAAUGUAAUAAAAGUUUUCGUGAAGCACAUGUACUAAUUAAACAUAUGAGACGUCAUACUGGUGAACAUAAAGAAAAGAAUCAUAAAUGUACAGUGUGUGGACAAGCUUUUAGAGAACCAUAUUACUUAACUAUACAUAUGAGACGGCAUACUGGAGAACGACCAUUAGUGUGUACGCUUUGUGGUAAAGCUUAUGCAAAUCCACGAUCAUUACGAUAUCAUGAAAUGACACACACUGGAGAAAAACCUUUCAAAUGUUCAGCUUGUGGCAAAGAAUUUUUGUUGAAAAUAAAUAUGCAAAAACAUGAGCGGACACAUACUGGCGAAAAACCGUUUGUGUGCACAAUUUGUGGAAAAGCAUUUGCACAAGCUGUAACGUUAGACAAGCAUUCACAAAUACAUUUAGGUUUACGACCAUUCAAAUGUUCAAUAUGUAGUAAAACAUUUAGAGAAAAGGCAACACUGGAUCAACAUUUACGACGGCAUACUGGUGUAAAACCAUAUGUUUGUGCAGCAUGUGGAAAAGCGUUUGGAACUGCCAGUGAGCUGAAAGUGCAUGAUCGUAAGCAUACAGGAAUAAAAAAGAAUAUUUGCCAAAUUUGUCAAAAAGAUUUUGUUGCACCUAGUGCACUUAUGGUACACAUGCGCAUUCAUACUGGUGAAAAACCAUUUUUAUGUUCUGAAUGCGGUCGAUCGUUUAGUGAAAAAGGAUCAUUAAAAAAACAUCGACGAAUGCAUGACAAGAAUGGAUUCAAACAAAAUAUGUGUAAUAUAUGUGAAAAAGAUUUUGCAGCACCUAGUGCUCUCGUUGUACAUAUGCGUAUACAUACUGGUGAAAAACCAUAUUCAUGUGAACAUUGUGGUCGUGAAUUUGGUAGUAAAGGUCAAGUUAUCAAGCAUAAAAAAGUUCAUGAAAAGCAUGAUUUGUAAAAUUAUUUAAUAAAAUAUUUUUUAUACAAAUA